AUGAGCCAAUUUUGUCAACAUCUCCUCGAGAACAGACCCAAAUCCACCGAGGUCUCAACCUACGUCAGACCCCGUCGUCCUAUGAAUCAUAAAGCCCAAUUUCACCAAUUCGGCAAACUUGCCCCUGAACUUCAAAUGAUGAUCUUCCAAGAGUCUCUCCCAGAAGGCCGCAUCGUUUCCGUCAAAACUGUCGAAACUCUUCUUGACGCCCCGGAUAGAUGGUCACAAGAGUGGUACAGAGAUUUAUUUCAAGAUGGUAAAUACAAGAGCCUAAAGAUCGUUGUCAGUACAACUCUGCCUGCGCUUUUACACGUCAAUACCUUGGCCCGCAGAGUCGCUCAGAAGGAAUACCAACUCGAGUUCAGUCACUGUCUUCCACACCCCGUAUACUUCAACUUUGAUAAGGACACCCUCUACAUUCAAUCCGAUCGCGCCAAUAAGCUAUUCCAAGGCAAUUUACAGAUGCUGAAGAGAUUUCCAACUCCAUUAAAUCGAGGUCUUGAUAUUGCGAAAAUGGAAGAGAAGCUCAAGUACUUGAUGUUUGGCGAGCCGUGUCUCUAUAAAAGCACCACUGAGAUGGUUUCCCGCUUGAGAAAUCUCCAGUUAUUGGAAUUAAAGGAGGGCUGUUUUCGGAAGAAUCAAAAAAUCAAGAUCUUGAAUACUAGGUGGCAAGAGAGAUGGGGUGGUGAUAUUCCUUAUGAGUGUGUGGAGUUAAGUGAUAGAGAGAUGGGUCACAAGCUAUUGGACAAGAAGGAUGGCUACUCGGUGUAUAUCAAACCUCGCCGAUCUCUUCGUCUCAUCAGGCUUGAGGCUAAUAAGAACCUUGAAAGUCAUGAAUGGGACGACGAUGAGGCUUAA